UUCUGGUUCUUUAAAUUUUCUCUCUUUCUCCCCGCCCCCUUCUGUGAGUAGCGAGGUUCGUAGUGGCAACGGUUGAAUGAGUUAAACUUCUAGCACUUCUGCGGGAAUUUAGAGUAGUUUUGCUGAUGUUUUGCUCGAGAAAUAUGGUUAAAUCUGGUAUAUUUUAGUGGCGUCUGGAUCGUGACGGAUGAACUGGAGCAGGGUUAGCUCCGUACUGAGUGGGUUUCUCGAGCUGUUACAGUCGUUAAUUUGGUGAUUUUAUUGCUUGGAAUCAGUGAACUAGGCUUUCUCUUGUGAAAAUAAAUUAUUUUUGGUUCUUUUCUAGUGAUUUUGUGUGGGACAUUGUGAUUGGUAUGUGGGUUUCACUUGUUUGGAUCUGCGGAUCUGCCAAUGUUAUGCUUUUAGAUUUUUGGCGAAGCAGUGACGUGGUUUAGGAACUCCACUCCAUCGUGUUCUCCAUCUUCUUGGUCCAAAGUGGCUUGCUAUACACCUUGCAGCAUGGGAAGUAUUUGCAUUCAAAUCUCGGCCUUCUGAGUUGUUUUGAGGUUUUUGCCUUGAUGGAGGCCAGAAUUGGGGGUGAAAACCAUCAGUUUGUUGCUGCUGGGACAUCUAAACUGAACAGGAUCGGGAAGAAGAGCCUUGAGUGGGACUUGAAUGACUGGAGAUGGGAUGGUGAUCGCUUUGUUGCUAGCCCUCUAAAUUCCAUCCCUGAAGAUUGCAGGAACAAACAACUACACCAGGAUACAGCAAUAACAUUGGUGUCAAAUUGUUCAUCAUCUUCCUCUGAAGGUGUUGAUUAUCGACUGGUUGAUAAGGAGAAAGGUGAAGCAGAGAAGAGGAGGAGGAUUGUAGUGGGGGAAGAAGAUGAAUCUUUCGGUGGAGCUGGGUCCUUGUGCUUGAAACUUGGGGCCCAUGCUUAUCCAGUAGUGGAAGCUGACCUUACAAAUUGGGAAGGGAAGACUGGAAAGAAGAGCAUUCUGCUAGGAGGCAAUUCUAGUCAUCCAGCUUGCCAGGUCGAAGGCUGUGAUGCUGACCUCAGUGACUCAAAGGACUACCAUAGGCGGCACAAGGUCUGUGAGAUGCAUGCAAAGGCCAGCACAGCGGUUGUCAGAAAUGCAAGCCAGCGCUUCUGCCAGCAAUGUAGUAGGUUUCAUCUUCUUGAAGAAUUUGAUGAAGGCAAAAGAAGUUGUCGGCGGCGCUUAGCUGGCCACAACAGGCGUAGGAGGAAGACACAGCUUGAUGUCAAUGUCAAUGGGAAUUCUUUGAUAGAUGAACAGGCUUGUGGCUAUCUGUUGAUAAGCCUACUUAGAAUUCUAUCCAAUUUGCAAUCAGCUAACUCAGAUCAAUCACAAGAUCAAGAGCUCUUGACUAAUUUUCUAGGGAACCUGGCCACCUUUGCUAAUUCCUUUGAUCCAAGUGGUCUUUCUAGACUCCUACAGGCAUCUCAGGAUCCGCAAAAGCUUGUAACUAGUUCCGGAAUAUCCACAGAUGUGGUUAUUACUUCUGUUCCAAAUGGUGUUCGUGAGCAAGAAUCUGGUAAUCCCUUGUGUUCGACGGCUGUAAUGACGUGCAUCACUGGUACUCAGGAUCCUUUGAGGCAAACUGACCAUGUCACAUCUGUUUCUGUAACUACUGUUGACGUGCCUUCAAAAGAAAGGGUAGCUUCUCCUGAGCAUGUCACAGACAGAGUCAUAAUGGACUUUGAUUUGAACAAUGCAUACAGUGACACAAGAGAUUGUGAAGAAGGAAGAAUGAACCCAGCAACUCUCUUGUCUACUAGGAUGGAUUCUUCUAAUUGCCCUUCAUGGUUGCUGCAGAGUUCUCAUCAGUCAAGUCCACCUCAGACCAGUGGCAACUCGGAUACCUGCAAUCAAUCUCAAACUAGUUCACAUGGCGGUGCUCAAUGUAGAACAGAUAGGAUUAUCUUCAAACUCUUUGGCAAAGACCCUAAUGAUCUUCCUCUUGCUCUGCGAACACAGAUUCUUGACUGGUUAUCCAGUGGUCCUACAGAUAUUGAGAGCUACAUUAGGCCUGGUUGUAUAGUUCUAACAAUAUACCUUCAGCAAGCUGAAUCUGCAUGGGUACAGCUCUCUCAUGAUUUAAGCUCCAACCUAAGCAGGCUUUUGCAUGACUCCAAUGAUUUCUGGACAACGGGAUGGAUUUUUGCUAGGGUACAAAAUUGCGCUGUCUUUAUAAAUGAUGGUCAGGUUGUUCUAGACAUGCCUUUCCCAAUUGGAGAUUUCAACCAUUGUCAGGGUUUGUCAGUCACACCUAUUGCAGUUGCUUGUUCUACAAAGGUUAAGUUUACAGUGAAGGGUUUUAAUCUAGUUCAACCAACAUCUGGGUUGCUAUGUUCAUUUGAUGGGAAAUACUUGGUCCAAGAAACAACACAAGCUCUAGUUGAGGGAACUGGUAGAGAUGCAGGGCAUGAUCUGUCUCAGUGCCUGAGCUUUACUUGUUUGCUACCUGAUGUGACAGGAAGAGGAUUCAUUGAGUUCGAAGAUUGUGGCCUUUGUAAUGGAUUCUUUCCCUUCAUAGUUGCGGAAGAAGAUGUAUGCUCUGAGAUCCGUAUGCUGGAGAAUGCAAUUAAUAUAGCCUCAUGUGAUGGCCAACUUCAGGAAAGAACUGAUGCAGCCAAUGCUAGAAAUCAAGCUUUAGACUUUAUUAAUGAACUCGGGUGGCUGCUUCGGAAGAAUCAUAUGAGAUCUGCUUCUGAAGGAACUAAAUUCUCUCAGAAUACCUUUCCCCUGAGACGCUUCAGGCAUCUUAUGUCAUUCGCUAUGAGUAGAGAGUGGUCUGCAGUUGUGAAGAAGCUUCUCGAUAUUUUAUUCAGUGGAACAGUAGAUGCAGACAGGCAAUCACCUACAGAACUUGCCUUAUCUGAAAACCUGCUCCAUAGUGCGGUUCAAAUGAACUCUAGGCCUAUGGUGGAACUUCUAUUGAGAUAUGCACCUGUUAAAGCUUCAAAGGAGACGGAUGUAGAUCGUUUUUUAUUUAGACCUGACAUGCUUGGCCCCUUGGGUAUAACUCCGCUGCAUGUUGCAGCCUCCAGUAACGGUGCUGAGAGCAUAUUGGAUGCGCUUACUGAUGAUCCUGAACUGCUGGGAAUUAAGGCAUGGAACAACGUACGUGACUGCAUUGGAUUCACUCCCGAAGAUUAUGCUCUCGCUCAGGGCCAUGACUCAUACAUAAGAUUGGUCCAGAAGAAAAUUGACAAGCAACAUCACCAGAGUCAGGUGGUCCUCAACAUUCCUGGUGUUGUCUCCUAUGAGCUAGUAGAUGCACUUAAAUCUGGUAAACCAAACUUAUUCCAGAUAACUAAGAGUUGCUUGAGCAGAGAACGACAACCGUAUUGCAACAGAUGCAGCCAAAAGAUAGCUUACCCUAACUCUGUGGCGAGGACCAUACUGUACAGACCAGUAAUGCUCUCUCUUGUGGGUAUCGCGGCAGUCUGUGUCUGCAUGGGCCUGCUAUUUAAGACGCCGCCCCAAGUCUUCUAUGUGUUCCCAUCAUUCAGAUGGGAAUUAUUGGAUUAUGGCUUCAUGUGAAAGAAUAACAAAUGCCAUGAUGCUCAGUUUGGUGGGUUAAAUUAGUGAGCUUUUCUGUCCGAGAAGUACACUUUUAACAACUGUAACAUAAUAUUUCUCUGUAAUAUUAGAGGGAUCAUAUUAUUCUCGACACUGAAUCUUGUGUAAGUUUUUGUUGACUUCAGUAGCUCUUUUUUGGUGGUUGAUAGGAUGGCACAGCAUCAAGGCAAAUUAGUUAGAGAGAUCCUUGUUGAGUUCUUUCUCCUGUUCAUAGAGCUAAAUGCCUCCUCUAAA